GAAAAGGCCCGGAGAUGCCCCCGGAGGAGGGGCUGCAAAGCCAGCCCAGGGAGCUGUGAGGAGGAAAGAGCCGUCCUGUGCCGGGAAGGCGGCCGGAGCUUGAGCCGGAGCUCCGAGCUGGUGGUCCCUGAGCAGCCUCCCAGCAGGGAGAAGCCCUUCAGGUGCUUGGAAUGUGGGAAGAGCUUUAAGAAGAGCUCAAACCUCCUCAGCCACCAGAACAUCCACACUGGGGUACGCCCCUACACAUGUGGGGAAUGUGGGAAGAGCUUCAGGGACAGUUCCACCCUGAUCCGACACCAGCGCAUCCACACUGGGGAACAGCCCUACACAUGUCAGGAAUGUGGGAAGAGCUUCAGGCACAGGUCCAACCUCUGCAGGCACCAGCUCAUCCACAGUGGGGAACGGCCCCACACGUGUGGGCAAUGUGGGAAGAGCUUCACUGAUAGAUCCAGCCUGAUUAAACACCAAGGUAUCCACACUGGGGAGAGGCCCUACAAGUGCUUGGAAUGUGGGAAGAGGUUUAGGACCAGCACACAUCUCCUCGUCCAUGAGCGGAUACACACACAGGAGAGGCCCUUCCGCUGCACCGACUGCGGGAAGGGCUUCAACCUGAACUCCACCCUCAUCAAACACCAGCGCAUCCACACCGGGGAGAGGCCCUACAAGUGUGAGGAGUGUGGGAAGAGCUUCAGCGACAGCUCCAACUUGACCAGACACCAACGGACCCACCGGUAA